CUCACACGACGAGAAGCAAAAUAUUCAGUCGCAAAACAUGGCGAGGUUAAGUGAGCAUGGGAUUCGCCUGAGUUCUAUGAGUCCUUCCUUCCUGAACAGCAACUCCACAAGUCAUACCUGGCCUUUCAGCGCUGUGGCAGAAUUAAUAGACAAUGCCUCAGACCCCGGUGUGUCCGCUAAACAGUUCUGGAUAGAUGUAGUUCAUGAAACGGAUCACCUCUGUCUGUCUUUCAUCGAUAAUGGCAGCGGCAUGACCCCCAACAAACUGCACAAGAUGCUCAGCUUUGGUUUUACAGAGAAGGGCUCGGGUAAGGCCAGUCAGCAGGCCAUCGGGGUUUACGGGAACGGCUUUAAGUCGGGCUCCAUGCGCUUGGGGCGUGACGCGCUCAUCUUCACCAAGAACGGCGGCUGUCAGACUGUGGGGAUGCUGUCGCAGACCUACCUGGAAAGCAUUAAAGCCCAGGCUGUCAUCGUCCCCAUUGUCCCUUUCAACCAGCAAACCAAGUUAUUAGUUGUGACCGAGGAUUCACAGGCCAGUCUGACGGCCGUCCUCGACCACUCGAUCGUCAAAUCCCUGGAGCAGAUACAUUCACAUUUUGACUCCAUUCCCUCCAAAAAAGGCACCAAGAUAUUAAUCUGGAACAUCCGCAGAGCUAAAGACGGUAAGAUGGAGCUCGACUUUGAGACUGAUCCGAAUGACAUUCGUUUGCCUGAGAUUCAGAUCGAAGAGUUGAAGAAGGGGCUGAAGAAUAGCGGAUCCUUGAGAACUGAGCAGAACAUCCCAGACAUGCAUUACAGUCUCAGGGCCUACCUCAGUAUCCUGUACCUGAAGCCGAGGACACAGAUCAUACUGAGGGGGAAGAAGAUUCAGGCCAAACUGGUAGCUAAGAGGCUGAUACACAUUGAGCAUGACGUCUACAAACCCCACUUUAGUAAAGACAAGGUGAAGGUGACCUUUGGGCUUAACCCAAAAAACAAGGAUCACUAUGGGAUUAUGAUGUACCACAAGAAUCGUCUCAUUAAGGCGUAUGAGAAAGUGGGCUGCCAGCUAAAGACUUCAGGCCUAAGAGCGGGCAUCGGCGUCAUCGGCGUCAUUGAGUGCAAUUUUCUGAAACCUGCUCAUAACAAGCAAGACUUUGAGUACACCAAAGAGUACAGACUGACCCUCGGAGCUUUGGGCCUAAAACUCAACGACUACUGGAAGGAGGUGACAGAGAAGAAGGCCAGAGAGCGAGAGUUUCAGGCUCUAGACAAAAAUGAGAAGGAGGUCCAGGAGGAUGUCGAUGAGGGUCCCAUGUGGUUACAGUGUGAAGAGUGUCUCAAGUGGCGAAGCAUCCCUGACGGCUUUUACAAAAUUGCUCCUGAGAGCUGGACCUGCAGCCAGAACCCAAAUUCACGUUACAGAAGCUGCUCGUCACCAGAGGAAACAGAAGAACAUGAGGAGCUGUUAACACCGAGCUAUCAGAAAAGCCACAAGAAACUAGAGUACUCCAGAGGCACAAAACGAAAAUCAUUAGAGGCGUCUGAGUUACAGGAACAAGCGUCUAAACAUCAAAUCGUCCUACGGAGUUCAUCUAAGCCCACCAAAGUGGAAAACGCAGAUGAACUCACAGAUCUAAAUGACACUUUCGCGAAUGACGACGCGGAGUCACAGUCGGACAUGGACACGCAAACACAGGAGGAGGCCGCUGGAAGAGACACAGUCACUAAAAAGAAGAAUGAAAUUGCAAAAGGAGCGUCGCCCGAGGAAAAUGAGAUAAGUGACAAGAGGCUUCAGGAUGAAGAGAGCGACAAAACGGAAAACGCAGACAUGGAGACAGAAGAGGAGGAGCACUUAGAAACUUUAAGCCCCAAAAGGAAGUCAGAUUCAAUAUUUUACGGUGUUAAAAAGAAGCGGUACCUUUGGAAGCUUCACCAGCCUGAUUCAGGAGUUACGGAUAAGGAGUUGCAUUCUGGGAAACAAAGUGAUAUAUUCAAGACAUUAUCCCCAGAAAAAAACAAAAAGGACGCCAGCAGCCGGGUAGAGAACUCGGACACAAACCCGCCGCAAACCCACACCAGCAACACGUGGCAACACUCACUCCCCUCCACACAGACUGUGAUGGUGCCCCCGCUGAGCCGAACAGAAGGGCAGCAGAGCAGGGUGCUGCCCACGGAAGGGGUUAACCGGGAGGCUAAAAUGCAGAGGCUGGUUGGGUUGGAGAAAGAGGCUGAGAAGCUCCGCAGCCUUCUAGGUCUGGAAAUCACAAAGACAACUCAAGGAACGAUGACAAAUGAUGACAGCGACGAAAAAAGUCCAACGCAGACGCUGGCGAAACCGACGGGACACAAAGAAGUCGGCUGUCAGACGGACAUGGCUGAGUGCUCUACUUCAUCCUCUGGCCUGACUCACACUGCAGAACUUCACGGGUUAAAAGCUUUGAGUGAGUCCAGCAACCAGCCUGAACUGAGCAGAGCCAGGAAGGAAAAGACUGACAGCCAGACGAGAACAAGAGUCAGUGACACUGAGGCCUGUGAAGACAACAGGUCUGUGCAGGAGAAUCUGCAUGACAUCCGCAACAACGUGGUAGUGCUUCUCACGGCCCUCCUGCCCCAGCUGGACCUGACCGGCAUCAGCCUGGAGACCAGUGAUGUAGACAACAUCCUGCAGCAGAUCAUAGAGGUCAACUCCCUGAAGCUAUGAUCAGUAGUCCAGCAGAAGUCAAUUAUUAUUUGUUGUGUUACACAUACUUACACAAAGUUUGGAUCAAUUAAACCAUUUCUUACUUCAGUAUACAGUAUGCAUAUGGUAAUAAUUCUCUUUCUGUUGAUUUGGAGAGUAAUGUCAUUCCCAUGUUUUUCAUAGUCCUGGUGCUGCAUGUGGAUUACGUGUAUAAUAAUGAAGAUUAUAAAACCUGGUAAUAUUUGUGUUCCGUGUGGUAAUCAGUUUGCAGUGUUAAAAUAAAAGACGUGUAUCGAAUUACUUUACCUCAAUGUCUUUCAAAUUACAGUUCAGGUGUAUAAAAAAUUGACCUGCACUGAUUACUAUAUCAAGCUGCGAGUGCCAAGAGUUCUUGUUAAGCAAGAGGCUGGGAAAAGGAGACAGGAGAAAUGUUAAAUACUAGUUUGCAAACCGUUUUUAUAAAGAGAGCUAAGAGGAAAAGUUGUAACUUAAAUUCUUGUAAUUAACUGUCAUGGUCAAGUUACCAAGUCUGACUACUCGUACUUAUGAAGCUGUCUUGUACAUAUGGCAAACGGUUGUCACGUCAUUUUGAAUACUUGUGCAGUAUAAUCUUUAAGAAACAUAAGCAUGUUGGUCAUAAUGUCAGUUAGAAAAUAUGAGUUUUUUGUCUCAGUUCAUCCAUUAAUUUUUUAACUAUUGCUUUUCAUUGUUCUGCUUCUUUUGUUGUUGUUUUUUAAUUAGCUAUUUAAGUUGCUGUACACACUCGGUUGCUGUUUUCUAAACAGGAUUUGUUACGUUUGCAUUAAAAUA